AUGACUCCUUCAAUCCAUUCACAUGUGAACUGGUCCAUCCAGUUUUAUAAAGCAUUUAUAUUUUCCUUUUCCCUUUCUUGUCUGUCCAAUUACACACGGCAAUUUUCCCACCCCCCAAACACGGUAUUUUAGAAUUUAGAGUUCCAAAGUCCAAACAGACCCCUUCAUUCAAGCCAAUGGACCUCACCCUUCAGGCUUCAAAGUCUCCCAACCUAGUCAAACUCCUUAAUCCUUAUCUCCUUCCUUCUUCCCAAUUCUGCAAUUCUGCAAAUUUCCUCCUCUAGGACAACCAUAUCCUUGCUCCCAAACAGUCGCUCACUCCUUAUCCCUAAAACCCCCCCUCUCCCCGCGCAUUUUAGUUCAACCGCAGUAAACAGGGCAGAAUGGGCUGCGGCGCCGGCCGCGGCGGUGCUACUUCUCAGCUGCUGCUCACUCUAAUUGUCAUCUCCGCCAUCGUCGCCGCGGACGCCGCGACGUUCAAGUGCAGCUCCGCCGGCACGUGCUGGUCCCUGAUCGACUACGUCUCCCCGAACACCACCACUCUCGAGCACAUCAAGACCCUCUUCGGCGUCAAGAAUCUCCGCAACAUCCUGGGCGUGAACGGCCUCUCCGUCUCGACCGCACGGAACUAUACGGUGGUCGCGAACCAGACGAUCCGGAUCCCGUUCCGGUGCGUCUGCGCCAACGGCACCGGACGCUCCAAUCACCUCCCGAUGUACACGGUGCAGAAGGACGACGGGCUCUACCACAUCGCAGCGGAGGUGUUCGGCGGCGUCGUGACGUACCAGGAGAUCGCCGCCGCGAACAACAUAACGGACUUCAACAAAAUCGACGUGGGGCAGCUUCUGUGGAUUCCGAUGCCGUGCAGCUGCGACAGUGUGAACGGGUCGGCGGCGGUGCAUUACGGGCACGUGGUGGAGGUGGGGUCCUCCGUGUCGGAAAUCGCGACGAAGUACGGGGCGGACCAGCAGACGAUUUUGCAGCUGAAUGGAAUCGAUGAUCCCAAGAGCCUCAAGGCUGGCGAAGUUCUUGAUGUUCCUCUUGAAGCUUGUACAUCUGCGGUAAGCAACGAUUCAUUGGACUACCCUUUACUUGUCUCCAAUGGCACUUACACGUUCACUGCUAACAAUUGUGUAAUGUGCAAGUGUGAUGCUGCAAAUAACCGGACAUUACAAUGUGAGUCUUCGGGACUAAAACCAUCAAUCAAUUCAACCUGGUCAACUUGCCCAACCACGCAAUGCCAAGGGAAUUUGUUUCUCGGGAACACCUCAUCAGGGAGCGACUGUGAUCAAACAAUGUGUGCCUAUGCUGGUUACAAUACCAAAACCAUCCUCUCAAAGCUCGUCUCCGAGUCCAGUUGCCCUGCCAGUAAGUUCAAAUAUGCAACUCUCAUCUAUUUUUUUGUUUGGUAUGUUUGGUUUUACCUCUACCUGUUUCUGCAUAUUGAGUGCUUUAUGCUUGCACUAGCUGAAAUUUUGAAUGCAUUUGUUCUUUUUGUAUAUCCCUUGGUGCAUGCCCAGCUGUGUGCUGUUUGAUACCAACUCACACCGAAGUUCCCAAAAUCCCCAUUUUUUGGUAACUAAAGCUGCCUUUGGGUGCCUGGAGUUUGAGCCUCAGAUUUGGAUCAAACUUCAUGUUCCGGAACACAACAUAAAGAACUUCAUUAUGAAAACGAGCUAUACAUCCCGAACACCCCACGACCAAGCGUCCCCAAUACCCAAGAACAACACUUCUACACAAAUAACACGCAUUGGGAACAUAGGAAAUCUUAAUCCCACUUUGGCAAGUUCACUUAUUAAGCAUUGUUUCUCGUCUUUUAAGGAGAAAUGUGAGAGACAGAUUUCAUAUUUCUAUUUUGCUGAAACAAUAGAACAGAUGCUGCCAAAACACCAUGACUUGCAUAUGCUUAAAGGGAUUUUUUUUUUUUACAGUUGCAAUAGGGGCGUAGUUAAAAGUUUUUGAAUGCUCAUAUGUUUUGCCUGUUUGUCAUGACUUUGAUCCAAUACAAGUUCAUUUAAAUUAUGCAUUUAUAAGAAUCUUGAGGUCUCACAUUUUCUUUUUCUUUUCUCCUUUUGGGGUUGGGGAACAGAUACUCCUGCUAAUCAUGCUGUGAAGAUCUUUUCCCAAGGAUCAAGUUUGAACAUCCUUCUCAUCUGCAUUCACUUCCUCUUGUUUUUUCUUUUUGUUAAGUAAGAUGUUUGUACUAUUGUAUUCUUCUUCUUCUUCUUCGUUGUCGUUUUUUCCCCUCUUUUUUGUAUGAGAAACAAAUAAUUGGAAUGCCAAGCAUCUUCUUGAUGAUUCUUAUUUGGUAAAAAAUUGGUCGGAACUGAAAUUAAUCAGUACGAGUUCCAACAUGUGCGAUUCGUGUGCUUUGCAACUUUCAGUAGUUACGGGCAAAAGUUUUAGUACUUAAUUAAAUAGAUGUUCAUUUAA